AUGUCGGGCCAACAGCAUGAAACCAACGCAGGAUACGAAGAAAGACGCCGCCGUCGUCAACAAGCAGCAACACACGCCCGUACGCAAGCUCAAGCCGGCACCCAGAACCCAGGACGAGCCCAGCUCAGCCAAAUCUUAACUACUCGGCGUCAGGAGAUAGGCCGGACAGUCGUAGAGGUGUUUAAUGGUGGUUACUAUAGCAUCGGCAUCCGGUCGCAGAUGAACGUCGUUAACUUCGAUGGCCGGGAGUUGGUACUUCAAUUCGAUGACCUGGCCGAGCUGUGUGAUGGUGAUGGGAAUACUCUGGCUUCCACGGGUCUUGAAGUUACGACGAGGGAGACUAUUGGGGAGGAGGAAGAUGAUGACGAUGAUGAGAGCUUUGUAGCAAACAGCUCGACGUCUGGUGGCGAUCGCAGCAACGCCAGCUCAUCAUCGGCGUCAGAUCAAGGAUAUGAGGGCGACAUUGGCGACAGCGACGCGGAGUCCGACUCUGAACAGGAGACCUACAGAGAAGAGAUUCAGGGGCGGCCAACUUCCAUCAACUUCAGCUACGAGGGCACGCUCGCAUUGCUCCGAGAACUCGGCGGUGAAGGUGGCGGAGAAUCCACGACUAAUCCGCAAAACUUCGAAGCUCAAGUGCUGAGGGGGCUGGAAGAUAUUGCAGGGCGAAGUGUAUACCAGGGAGGCACCCAAGAAGAUCGUCCUCUGCCAGCUCUUUACCACGACAACCACGACGACUUAGAUGCUACCCCUGCGUCAGCCCCUCCGCCAAGGCCUGAGCACGUGUACACCGCUCUCCGCGCCAUGGAUGGCGAGUGGACGCAUGUGGUGCAGCACGGUAACAUCAGCAGGCUUGGUCAACGUCGGGACUUCAGCCUAAUAGACGACGAGGCGUUCGAUGCGAUGAUAGACAUCGUACAUCGAUAUCGAGUCAACCCAGAUGAAGUUGAUCGGAACGGAGUUGCCGAUUCGGCUGCUCAGGCAUUGCGGGAGGCUGGAGUUGAAUGGACUGAGCUCGUUGACUUUCUCCGUCGUGAGCAGAGGAGGGCAGCAGUAGUUUCGUAG